GGGCGUACAAACCCCGGCUUACCGGCUCCGCCGCCACUAUCGUGCCAGUGAUGAUUAUAAUAAAGAUCUAGGGAGAUUGUGGUAAAAAUCUAGAUUUCUACUUGAUUUUAACUGCAGAACGUACUUCAUUUACUGUUUAGUGCAAACUUGUGCGAAGUACUGCCUAUGACUAUUCAACUGAAUGAUUAUUCAAUUUUCGAAGGCGACAAUAACGAAUAGCGAUCGCCGGUGUCAUCUUUUGUCCAUCCAUUUUCUGAAUUGCACGGAAGGCGACAUAUACUGCUUAUGGCACGUGUUGGUUUGCAACAGAGGAAUACAGUCGUGUUAUUUUAUAUAGAUAAAGAUUGAAGAGGUCAAUGAUGCCGGAUCGUGCGAGUCAUCAUAAAGGAGACAAAAGUGUGUCAUGUGAUACGAUGACGUCAGAUACAGAUGAAGACGGAGGAAUUUCAAAUGGAGUGAUGACGUCAGAGCCAGGUGACUCGACAGAUGAAGGCAUUGUAAUAUCAGUCCUAAACUUACCACCGAUGAGCGAGACAACGCCGCCGAAAAUGACGACAGCGACGAUGAUGAUGACGACAGAUGGCGGGGCAAACAAUCAAGAAGAGGACUUCGAAAAUAAUAAAAACAUUCAUCCAGAUAUUAAAGGAAGAAAUGGAUUCAAAUACACAGAGAGUAUCAAGGUACUCAUUCCCGUCAGAUUGAAGCCUAAAAAGGAAGUGUACUCACCGAUGGAUCACUCCGGGCUUCUAUCGUACGUAUGGAUAUCAUGGAUGUCUUCUCUCUUCUUCAAAGCUUAUAAAAAGACUCUGGAAUACUCCGACCUUGGACAGAUCUCCAAGUAUGACAGGGGCGACUAUAAUGCUGACAGACUUGAAAGACUUUGGAAGGAAGAGGUUGAUUUGAAGGGGAGUGAAGAGAAAGCUUCCAUCAAGAGAGUAGCCCUUCGAUUCGUUAGAACAAGACAGAUCGUAUCAGCUGCCGUGCUAGUCGUCGCUCUUAUGGCAUCUUUUAUCACUUCUGUAAUCCUUGUACAAAGAUUACUUGAGUACACUGAAGAAGAGGAGGUCGAUCUCGGGCACGGUAUCGUCCUCGUUGUCUCCAUCUUUAUUCUCCAAAUCAUCAGGAUCACGGGUGAUGUCUUUUCAAGAGCGUUCAACUGUAGGACAGCCACACGACUUCGAAGUGGGAUGCUGACUAUGGCGUUUCGCAAGCUGGCACAUCUAAGGAGUCUACAGCAACACAGUGUUGGAGAGAUUGUGAACGUCUGUGCCAACGAUAGUCAACGUCUCUUUAACGUCUGUGUGGUGGGGAACUUCCUAAUCUCAUCGCCGACUUUACUUCUCGCAACCCUCAUCGCAACCCAGUUCAUCGUCGGAACGGGGGCGUUGAUCGGGACACUGAUAACAUUCAUCUUCUUCGUGCCUUUGCAGGCGGUCGCAGGCAAGAUCAUCUCGAAGAUCAGGAUUAAGUGUAUCGAGAUCAUCGAUGUUCGCGUCCAGAAGAUGAACGAGCUGGUGACCUAUAUUAAACUCAUCAAAAUGUAUGCUUGGGAAAUACCUUUUGCCAAGACAAUAAGAGAUUUACGCCGCCGAGAAAAGUCGCAUUUAGAAAAAGCGGGAAUGUUACAAAGCUUCAGUCUGUCGAAUGUUCCCAUCAUUCCAAGUCUCGCUUCUGUCUUGUCAAUCAUUAUCCACAUCUCUAUGGGAAACUCACUCACAGCAGCUGAGGCUUUUACACUGGUAUCACUUCUGAAUGUUUGUCGAGCAGUAAUUGGUCCCACUCCUUUCGCUGUCCGUAUGCUGGCUGAAUCUACAGUAGCACUAGAUAGACUCAAGUCAAUUAUGACCAUGGAAAAGGCCAAACCGAAUGAGACGCUUGAGGAUACGAGUACAAACAUGGCUGAAAUCAGAGGAGGAGAGUUUGGAUGGGAUUCUUUUUCAUGUAAACAAGAUGGCACGCAGGAGGAUACACUGGUGGAAACAACUUCCGAAGAUAAGAAUCAAAAUGGAAUCAUCAACGUGGGCUUUAGCUCUGAACCAGAAAUAAUAAAGAAUGGUCUACACACUGCUGCUGAUUCAAAUGGGAUUCAGCGAAAGACAUCUGACGUCAAACAGCGCGAUUGCAAUGACAUCACCAAUAAAUCCUCAAGUAAAAUUGUACCUGUCCUUUUCGACGUGAACUUUGACCUUAAAAAGGGAAAGUUGGUCGGUAUAUGCGGACCCGUCGGUAGCGGCAAGUCCUCCUUGAUCAACGCCAUCUUAGGUCAGAUGGAGAAGGUCAAGGGCUCUUGCAAGGUCAGGGGGACAUUUGCCUACGCUGCCCAGGAGGCUUGGAUCUUCAAUGCAACGGUCCAGGAGAACAUUCUCUUUGGCUCUCCGAUGGACCAGGAACGGUACGCCAUGGUCCUAGAGGUCUGCAGCCUCAAACAGGAUCUGGCGAUCUUGACCAAUGGAGACCAAACAGAGAUAGGUGAGCGUGGGAUCAAUUUGAGUGGCGGUCAGAAGCAGAGGGUCAGUCUGGCUCGGGCUGUGUAUGCUGAUCAUGAUGUUUAUCUUCUUGAUGAUCCGCUGAGUGCCGUAGAUGCCCAUGUCGGAGAACACAUCUUCAAGAAAUGCAUAAAGGGCGCCUUGAGCAACAAGACUAUUCUUUUCGUCACGCACCAGCUCCAGUACUUACAAGACUGUGAUUCUGUAGCCGUAAUGAUAGACGGACACAUCAGGGAACAGGGUACUCACAGCGAACUAAUGACACAGAAAGGAGAGUAUGACAGACUUAUCACCACUCACUGCAAGAGACUGGAAGACAUAGUCGAAGAAACGGAGGACGAGAUAGAAGAUGAUGAUGAAGAAGUGUUCCUCUGCCCUCCUCAAGCCAAAAGGGAGCACAGGCGUAUAUCGUCUACCACUGUAGCACACAAAACUAACCGUAGACGGAUAUCAUCUACCAGUAUCAGUAACUUCUUAAAUGUGCCGUUGCACACACGUACCAGAUCAUCGACAUCUAGUAUCAGCAGUUUCAGUAGCUUCGAUGAUGGUAACAUCAACAUUGACCAGGAAGGACAUCUGACCACGUCAGAAGAACGAUCCCACGGUUCACCUUCGGGAGAAGACUACCUUGGUUACAUCAAAGCCAUGGGAGGCUUCUUCGCUGUUUUCUCAAUCCUCUUCACUUACAUCGUCGUGAUAGGGAUGCUGACAGUAAAUAACUGGUGGCUAGCAUAUUGGAUUGAAAAGAGUAGCAACCGACCGUAUAAUGAGACGGUCAACGGGGAGGCCCCAACGCUAGUGAAUGAUCCUAACCUUUGGUUCUACAUGUUGGUGUAUGGAGGAACUCUGCUUCUGAUAUUCAUCGUAGCCGCCUUUAAGAGUGUUAUCUACAUGAAGUUUACAUUAAAGGCGUCAUCCUCGUUACAUGAGAAUCUAUUUCGAUCUGUCAUUCGAAGUCCAGUCAGCUUUUUUGAUACCACCCCUACCGGACGAGUUCUAAAUAGAUUCUCCAAAGACAUAGAUGAACUCGACGUCAUGCUCCCAAUCAACAUGGAGAUGAGCCUGAAUUAUCUCCUUACGAUCGUCGCAUCGUUGAUCACCAUCUCCAUCGUCUUCCCGUAUUUCAUCUGCGCCGUCAUCCCUGUCGCCAUCGUCUUCGCCCUCAUCAUGGUCUUCUACCGCAAGGGCGUCAACGACCUCAAGCAGUUGGAGAACCUGAGUCGAUCACCCUGGUUUUCCCAUAUCGGAUCUACCGCUAUGGGUCUGCCCACCAUUCACGCCUAUGGGAAGACCAAUGACGUCAUUACGAAAUUCGUUGAUCUUCUGAACACGAAUGCAUACCCUCUGAUGCUGUUCAGAAUGGCGAACCGUUGGGCUGGAGCAAGACUUGAGCUUCUUGUUGUUCUUGUAGUCACCAUUACGAAUCUUCUGGUUGUUCUCUAUCACGGAAGGAUACCGCCCUCAACGGCUGGUUUUGCCGUCUCCUACGCAAUGCAGCUUACAGGAAUGUUCCAACUUACAAUGAAUAUGCUGACUGAUACGGAAGCACGCUUCUUCUCUGCUCAACGGAUAAUGCAAUACAUUAGGGAUCUCAAACCCGAGGCCCCAGAGACUACCCAGACGAGCAGGCCUGAGAAAGAGUGGCCGAGCCAAGGAGAGAUUCGAUUCCAUCACUUCCGGAUGAGAUACCGUGAGAACCUACCACUGGUCCUCAAGAAUGUCACCUGUAACAUCCGAGGGGGAGAGAGGAUUGGUAUCGUGGGAAGGACUGGAUCGGGGAAGUCAUCUUUAAGCGUUGCCUUGUUUCGUCUGGUUGAAGGCUGUGAUAAAGGCUCGAUAUCCAUCGACGGGGUUGACAUAUCAGAACUUGGUCUAUUUGAUCUUAGAUCUAAAAUGUCCAUCAUCCCCCAAGAUCCAGUUCUAUUUAUUGGUACAGUCAGAUACAAUUUGGACCCUUUCGGUGAAAAGAGCGACAGUGAUUUAUGGCAAGCACUCGAAAAGGCCUACCUGAAAGAGAAGAUUAGCUCGCUAGAGGGUAGUCUUGAGGCACCCGUCACUGAAGGAGGGGACAAUUUCUCGGUUGGUGAGAGACAGCUGAUGUGUAUGGCAAGGGCGUUGCUUCGGAAUAGCAAGAUAUUAUUCUUGGACGAGGCAACAGCGGCAAUCGACACAGAAACGGAUAGCUUGAUCCAACAAACAAUUAGAACAGCGUUUAGUGACUGCACCACCUUGACUAUAGCACAUCGGCUGAAUACAGUACUAGACUCAGAUAAGAUCCUAGUUAUGAAGGACGGACAGGUUGCCGAGUUCGACUCUCCGGGAGCUCUCCGUGCAAACCCCAAAUCCAUCUUCAGCGGAAUGUUAUCCGCAAUAGCAGCUGAAACUCAGGACAUCUAGUGCAAAAUAACUUCUCAGGACAAAUGACGUCACAAUGCAGUGUUACCGUUUCAGAACCCCCCCCCCCCCCCCCCGAGCAUUUAUAUUGCAUAUCGUUUUCAUUCUACACCGACUGUUUGCUGCACGAUUUGCCAAAUUUCAUUACAUGA